AUGAGAGAUGUCGUGCAGUUGUUGACUGGGCUAAUGGCAGGACAGGCCCAGAGGCAUGGCCCAGAUGAUGCCAACAGACAAGAAAGCUUGAGGGUCCGUGACUUCCUAGCUUGUAACCCUCCAAAAUUUUAUGGAUCAAGGACUACCGAGGACCCACAGGAAUUUAUUCGGCAAAUGCAGCGUACACUGCGAAUCAUUAGGGCUUUAGAAACUGAGGUGGAUAGAUUCUUACAGUUGAAGCAGAACGGCAGGAGUGUUCGAGACUAUAGCCUUGAGUUUGACUCAUUGGCAAGGCAUGCCCCUACAGUUGUAGUUGAUAUGGCAGAUAGGAUGCUUCGAUAUGUUAUGGGCUUGGAUAUUUAUUUGGGGAAUUUCACAGCAGGCGAUUCUAGCAGUUUGGUAGAUACCCCUCCCAGCCAGCUCGGAGCGUACCUCCAUAGUUUCCAGGUGGACGAGUUGAAAGCGUUAGAUAUUCAGGGGCCGCACAAGGGCCAUAUUGCGAGAGAAUGCCCACUUAAGAGUACUCCAGGUGGUAUGGCUCAGCCAACUGGAAUUGGAAUUAAGCCGGAGUCAAUAGAAUCGUUUGAGGUUUCUACGCCAGUAGGGGACUCUAUUGUGGUAAAGCAGGUGCGGGUAAGGGAGGCAGAUAUACCAAAGACCACAUUCAGGACCCGGUAUGGGCAUUACGAGUUCAAAGUGAUGUCUUUUGGGUUGACAAAUGCUCCAACGAGAUGGAACACGCGGAUUACUUACGGGUGGUACUGGGAGUACUCCAACACCAGAAAUUUGGCUUUUCUGGGACACAUUAUUGGGAUUAAUGGUAUUCGCGUAGAUACGCAGAAAAUUGAGGCCGUAAAGGCUUGGCCAAGACCUACAACCGCUACGGAGGUACGAAGCUUCUUGGGGUUAGCAGGGUACUAUAGAAGCUUCCAGCUGUUAAAGGAAAAGUUGACUAUAGCUCCUGUUCUAACUCUCCCUGAUGGAACAAACGGGAAGGCAAAUGUGGUGGCAGAUGUGCUCAGCCGUAAAUCAAUGGGUAGCUUGGCAGAGGUACAGCCCGAACGGAAGGAGAUGAUCCGUGAGAUCUGCCAGCUUGCCAGCCUUGGAUUCCUCUUAGUUGAUUCGGGUGAUGACGGGGUUUCUAUUUGA